ACAUGUUAUCUUCCUGACCACAAUGAUGACUAUAAAUGACAUCCAUCAAGCCCAACAGGAUUAGUUAGUGCAGACAAGCCAAGACAUCAAGAUGUGGUUGUAUUUGUAUUUGGGAAUGGCAGUUUUUCUCAGUGUCGAGAGCAAACCAUUGAACAAGGGGACACACAACAAGUUGCUAGUGAUCUCCUUUGAUGGUUUCCGAUGGGACUAUGAUCAAGACGUAGACACCCCUCACAUGGACAAGUUAGUGGUAGAUGGAGUGAAGGCAAAGUACAUCACCCCUCCGGCUAUCACCAUGACGUCCCCAUCUCACUUUACCACCAUAACUGGGAGAUGGAUAGAGGAUCAUGGAGUUGUCCACAAUAUGAUGUUUAAUUCCACAACUCAUCAGAAAGUCGUCCAUAAAGCUACCUUGAAGAGGUCUGAGUGGUGGGACAAUGGAGCCUUACCGUUGUGGAUUACAGCACAGAACCAGGGCCUGAAAACAGGUUCCUUCUUCUUUCCAGGAGGAGCCGCCAACUACAGUGGUCAAAGUGUAAACCGGGUGGUGGUUGAGGAAACAGGUCUACAAGAUGAUAACGAAACAGAGUGGCAACAGAAUAUUGACACUGUGUUGAGCUGGUUCACCAAAGAAGAUUUUGACUUUGUGACUCUGUACUAUGGAGAGCCUGACAACGUGGGUCAUGCCAAAGGACCAGACCAUCCUGACAGGAAAACCAUAAUAAAGCAGAUUGACCGCACCAUCGGAUACCUGAGGGAGGCCAUCCAGCGAGAUGGUUUGACAGAAAACCUGAACAUCAUCAUCACCUCUGACCAUGGCAUGACCACCGUCAAAAAAAGACCUCUUGUAGAUGAAAUAAUCCUCUCUAAAUACCUGAAUUUCUUCAACUUGGUUUAUUUUGAGCUCCUUGACUACGGCGGGUUUGGAAUGAUCACGCCGAAGAAAGGAAAGGAACAGCAGGUUUAUGAUGCUCUCAUGAAGGCCCCAAACCUCACAGUCUACAAGAAGGAAGAUAUGCCAGAGAACUUUCAUUUGUCCAAGAAUGACAGAAUGCAGCCUAUUAUUGUCAUUGCUGAUCUAGGUUUCAACUUAAACUCGCGGUUCAUCGUCUACGUAAACAAAGGAGAUCAUGGAUUCCACAUGGACGAAAUGGACAUGAAGACCAUCUUCCGUGCUUUUGGACCAGAUUUCAAAAAGAGUUAUCUGUCCGAGCCCUUUGACAGUGUCCACAUCUACCCUCUAAUGUGCAAGCUGCUGCAGAUAGAUCCAGCCCCUAACAAUGGUUCCCUAUCUGUCACUGAGGGCAUGCUGGUGCAGAACGGUGGGAGAAGAAAUCAGAUGUCCCUUGGUGUUUUGGCAUCGAUAUUUGUCUACAUUUUAUUUGUCAUGUAGUUAUUUAUGAUGUUGGUUAUUUUCCGUAAUGUUCGUUAACUGAAAACAUUUGCAUAGUUGAAUCAAUCAUUACCAAAACUCCAACAAAUAUUUUUAAGGAGGAUCACAUUCACUAUGAUGUUCAUCAACAAUAUCCAUCUGAUUGUAAUUAUACACUGUUUCCAGUUUAUUAGGUACACCUAUCUAGUACCGGUUCGGACCCCCUUUGCGCCAGAACAGCCUGAAUUCUUCAGGGCAUGGAAACGUUGCUCAAUUGGUAUCAAGGAAAAACAUUCCCCGCACCAUUACACCAACAGCCUUUAUUAUUGACACCAGGCAGGAUGGGGCCAUGGACUCAUGCUGCAAUAGCCCAUCUGUGGCAAGGAUGGAUGUGUUGUGCGCUCCGAGAUGGCGUUCUGCACAGCACUGUUGCACUGCGCAGUUAUUUGCCUGUUUGUAGCUUGCACAAUUCUUGCCAUUCUCCUUCGACCUCUCAUCAACGAUCUGUUUUCGCCCAUAGGGCUGCCGCUGAACGGAUGUUUUUGGUACCAUUCUCGGUAAAUCCUAGACACAGUUGUGCAUAAUAUAAUAAGCCCAGGAGGCCGGACGUUUCUGAGACACUGGAAACGGCGCGCCUGGAAUCGACGAUCAUACAUACCAUGCUCAAAGUCGCUUAAAGUCACUCAUUUUGUCCAUUCUAAAGUUCAAGCCGUCUUUAUCCACGGAGUGUACAAAACAUUAAGAACACCUUCCUAAUAUUGAGUUGCAUGUCUAUGUCAUGGAAAGAGCAGGUAUUCUUAAUGUUUUGUACACUCAGUGUAUAGCAAGCCACAGCCACGUGACACACUGUCUGCUAACCAUUUUUGGGAACGGGGUGGUGUGCCUAACAAACUGCCCACUGAGUGUAUGUUUAAUAAUCAAACCAGUCAGCAUUGGCUGAAAUAACUUCGUCUAGAACCUACAUGUAAUACUGACACCUGCCCACUGAGUGUAUGUUUAAUAAUCAAACCAGUCAGCAUUGGCUGAAAUAACUUCGUCUAGAACCUACAUGUAAUACUGACACCUGCCCACUGAUGGUUCAGGGGUUUCAAGUAGCCUGAUUCCUUUGAGAAGUUGUUGCCUUUCAUUCUAAAUGUCAGAUUUUAUUUGGAGUCAUAUUUUUUGUUUAAAUAUUUGUUCCAACUGUAUAUUUAUUUGUUGUUAUUAUGCUUUAAUAAACGUGCACGAUGAAUGAG